CCACUUUUAAACGUGCGCGAAAAAGUUCGAAAAAGCCUAAAUGGGUUUCGGAUGAAGUGUGGUCCAACCUUUGUCGCCACUGGUCUUCUGAUCCGAAAUUCUUGGCCAGAAGUGAAUCCGGUAAGAAAAACCGGAUGUCCGAGAAGGCCUUGGAGAUGCAGUGGCACGGGGGUCGCAAAUCUCAGAAUGCCCAUAAAGAAACUCUUGCUGGUCCUGAGAAGAAGAGGGUUGGUGUUCUCCGGCUCGUCAAGCAUUGCUGGACGAAGCACGGCGAGGAAUCUGAAGCCGAUCUGCCACCCCGCCUCGCUGACUUCGA